GUUUCUCGGGUGACUUGCGGGGGAAAAGCUGUUGUGUGGAGCUGCCAUUUUGUUAGAACGAUUGAAUCCCAAACGUCUGGAGGAAACGUCUGUAUGUCAACGAAUAACAGCGGAACGUUUUAGCCGGUUGCUUUUGAAUAAAAUCCAAGCAAAAUGCUCUCCGCAGCCCAGUUACUCGAUGAGUUAAUGGGCCGAGACAGAAACCUGGCCCCUGAUGAAAAGCGCUGUAAUGUUCGCUGGGACCACGAGACUGUUUGCAAAUAUUAUCUGUGUGGCUUUUGCCCAGCUGAACUGUUCACCAACACUCGCUCUGAUUUGGGUCCUUGUGAAAAGAUCCAUGAUGAAAACUUGCGAAAAAUGUAUGAGAAGAGCUCACGGUUCAUGAAGGAAGGCUACGAGAGAGACUUCCUAAGGUACCUGCAGAGUUUGUUGGCUGAGGUGGAGCGCCGGAUCCGGAGAGGCCAUGCCAGACUGGCAUUGUCACAGGCCCAGCAGAACUCUGGAGGUCCUACUCUGACUGGGAAGAAUGAGGAGAAGGCUCAGGUGCUCACAGAGAAGAUCGAGGCACUUGUUGUCCAGAUUGAAGAGCUUGGCUCAGAAGGCCGUGUAGAGGAAGCUCAGGGCAUGAUGAAGCUGGUGGAACAGCUGAAAGAGGAGCGAGAGCAGCUCAGCUCAACACCAUCUACAAUCGAGAGCUUCGCUGCUCAGGAGAAGCAGAUGGAAGUGUGCGAGGUGUGCGGUGCUUUCCUCAUCGUUGGUGAUGCUCAGUCCAGAGUAGAUGACCAUCUAAUGGGCAAACAGCAUAUGGGCUAUGCUAAAAUCAAAUCUACUGUGGAGGAAUUAAAGGAAAAACUGCGUCGGCGCUCAGAGGACCCAGAAAGAGAUGACCGGGCGAAGAGGGAAAGAGAGAGGGAAGACCGGGAGCGUGAAAGGGAGGAGCGUGAGAAGAGACGCAAGGAGGAAGAGGAGUUGCGAGAGAAGGAGAGGGAGAAAGAGCGAGAGAGGGAGCGUGAGCGGGAACGUGAGCGGGAGAGAGAGCGCGAGCGGGAGAGAGAACGGGAACGUGAAAGGCGCAGCAAACGGAGCCACUCACACAGCCGGCACUCGAGUCGGGCAUCUGACCGCCGCAGGAGCCGAUCACGCGACAGGAGGAGGAGCAGAAGCAAGGACCGGGAGAGGGACAGGAAGCGCAGCAGGAGUCGCGAUCGGGAGAGGAGGCGCAGCAGGGAGCGAUCGGACAGGAAGAGACGUUCACGCAGCAGGGAGCGAAAGAGGUCCCGCAGCUCUGAGCGCAAGAGCCACCGACACCGCAGCCGUAGUCGAGACCGAGAAAGGGACAGAGACAAAGACAGAGAGAAGGAUAAAACUGCCAGAGACAAAGAGCACAAGGACACAGAAGAGAAAAAAGGCAGUGGAAAGGGCUCAAGUGAUGAACGGCCCGGCGAGCCCUCAAAGUCCGAGCCCAUGGAGGUAGAGCCUCCUAAAGCAGAGCUGAACGGCACCACAGAAGACCUCCAUUCUGAAGGUGACACUCAGUCCAAUUAAAACUGAUCUGAUAGGACCUCAGAUCAGCUCCAGGUAAGUGCACUCUCCCCGACCAGCUUAGCUCUUUCCCCCCUCCCUUCCCCCCCUUUUCUUUCAGUUAUGUCUGUGAUUUUUCUUCCUGUUUUUUAAUAGUGCAUCGUAAGUAUGCACUGAAGAUGGAACUAGAGGCUGAAACAGAAGAAGGUAGAAUGAAACAUACCCAGAGGGAAAAGCCAGUGUAGUCCUGAAAAACAUGCCUGGAGGUACCUUGUUUUGUAUCGGUCAUACAUAUUUGUCUUUUAGACAAGUUCUCUUCCAAAUUUACGUUUUUUUUCCCUCCUCUACCUGUAAUACCUCACCUGUUAACUCCUUGCUCACAGUAAGAGUAUACUGUGGUAUUUCAUUAAUUCGUUCACUGAACAUACAUACAACUAUGUGCCUAUGUAUGCAACAUAUAUAAGCACGCAGCAGUUUUAGCUCUAUCUGUAAUGUCUUUUGAGGUGUUCACAGAAGGAGCUUUUUUUGAUCCAUGAAAACUGCCGUCAGUGUUGAUUCUGUUCUUCAGUUUGAUGGAUGUGUGCUUCCUUGCCUUGCACUUUAAUGCAGUCUGUUCUUAAAGUCGAGAGCCGAUAGCAUUGGGAUGAUGGAAGUGUAGGGUUAAUGAAUUAUUGCAGCUGACUUCCAUACCUCACACAGCGUUGGUGUUGUGAGCGACCACAUGAAAAGCCAAAUUAAAAAUCAAGGAUACUGUCAAACUGUGCAGGUACUCACCCAAGGUACUCCUUUCUCUACCCACAUCCAUUUGAAUGCUGUUACCUGUGAACGUGUUUCAGAGCUUGAUGUUCUUGGUUUCUUUUGAUAAUUUUUAUUUCUUUCAUUAUUAAAUAUGCUUAAGAUUGUCAGAUUUGUUCAUUUCUCUUGGUUUUUAAAUCCUAAUCACAUGUGAAAGGAGGAGUAAAAAUGUUGGGAUUUACAGAUGAACCCGGUUGAUAUCCCAGAGUCGAUGUUAUUAGAGCCUGAUCGCCCGUGCCUGCUUUUCAGAUCAAUUAGAUUUUCCUUUCAUGUGUUUUGGGCUUUUUGUUAUUUUGGUUUUCUGUUCAAUUGUCGAGUCUGCACUAGUUCCAUAAUACAUUUCAAUCCAAAUUUGAUCUAAGCAACUUGAUAAACAUGUAAUCAGCAGGUCAUCUUUCUUUUUCUUUUUUUUUUGGCAAUUACAGUAUAGUGCACCUGCUUCCCUAUCCCUUGUUUUCAGUGCAGAGAAUGGUAAUCCAUAUAGACGAGGGGAUAUCAAGCGGGUUAGUCUUCCAGGGCAAAAAAAAAGGAAAAAAAAAAAAGUCCAUAAAAUUUUCAUGGUUCCAGGAUUUUGUUUGUGUGCUUUCUCCUAAUCCCUUGUUCAAAUGAGGAGUCAAUAAUUUUUGCCAUGUUGGUCAAAGUACAGCAAAGUCCAAAGCAAUUAAUCAGGAAGAAAGUGCGGAAAUACUGAAAUGUCUCUACAUCAGUCAAAAGUGUCUUCACUGUACUGUUCACUGUUUGAUUGGCUAAAAGCUAAAGUGAUAAACUACUGUUUGUCUUUGUAGCUAAUGCUGUAACAAUACAAACGUAAAGCAAAGUGACCAUGAACAUACAGAAGUUUUUAUUUUUCCUAGUUUUGUGUAUAGUAAAUGACUUUUUUUCUUUGAGCAAAUGGGAUUUCAGCUCCUAAUUGACUCUCUUUGACUAUUUGUGCACAUCAGGCUAUGCUGGGACAGCUGGGUGAAGAAGACCUGAAGACCUCCAAAUUUUUGCCAUGCAUACCCCGCUGCUUAAAACAAGGUGAACCAGAUGUAGUGGCCUAAUUAGGAUAAAAUAUAAGGAAAACAUGUACAAAUUGUUCUGUUGCCCUUUUACAGUUGUUUCACAGGACCUUAUUUUACUCCAUUUGUUUUUCUUCAUACUUCACUGUUAUGAGCUUAAAAGCCUUUACUUACGCAAAAAGGGCCAAUAUAAUUUUUGUUAAUAUCCACUCAGUGAACCUGUACCAUGUUUGCUUUGCACAGUUGGGUCUCACUUCAUGUUUUAGAAUUUGAAGACCAGUUUUGGAGAGUAAUGUACAGUGUUUGAACAGAGACCCUGAAUGGGCUCUCUGUCGCUUAACUUUCUUCCCUUUCUGUAAGCUUAUAUCCCAAAUGUACGAUCAAUUUUAGUUUAGGAAAAACUGGAUUUUCAUUUUGUUUGAUUUUUAAAAAGCUGUAUUUGUCUUCAAUAAAAAGUCCAAAUGAAUUCAC